GCACUGAGAUCUAAUGGGGGGGUAUUGGUCUUCUUGGGGAGGGCACCGGGGCUAUUGGGGGUGGCCGCGGGGGUGUCGCGGCCGCUCCGCCGUUACCGGGGGGUCCGUCCGGGGGUGUCACAGCGGCAUUCCCGGUAUUCCCGGGGCCGCUCCCGGCUGCCAUUUCCUCUCUCCGCCGCUCGUUCCCUCCCUCCCUCCUUCCCUCCCUCCCUCCAUUUUCUGCGCGGCUGCCGGUGGAAGCGGCCCCGUUGCCGGCUCCGCCGCCGCCCCCCCCCAUGUAACCCCCCCGCCCCGUACCCCGCAGCCGCGGGGCCGCCUCCCGGUAUGAGGAGCUGCAAGAUGGUGCGGGUGGCCAGCGUGCUGGGGCUGGUGAUGCUCAGCAUCGCGCUCCUCAUCCUCUCCCUCAUCAGCUACGUGUCCCUCAAGAAGGACAACAUCUUCGGUACCCCCCGCGCCGCCGGGCCGGGGGGGCCCCGCAUGUACAUGUUCCAUGCGGGAUUCAGGUCCCAGUUCGCGCUGAAGUUCCUGGACCCAUCCUUUGUCCCCAUCACCAACUCCCUGAGCCAGGAGCUGCAGGAGAAGCCCUCCAAGUGGGUCUUCAACCGGACUGCCUUCGCCCAUCAGAGGCAGGAAAUCCUCCAACAUGUGGACGUCAUCAAGAACUUCUCCUUGACCAAGAGCAGCGUUCGCAUUGGCCAACUGAUGCAUUACGACUACUCCAGCCACAAGUACGUCUUCUCCAUCAGCAACAACUUCAGGUCCCUGCUUCCAGAUGUCUCUCCCAUCCUGAACAAGCACUACAACAUCUGUGCCGUGGUUGGGAACAGCGGGAUCCUCACCGGGAGCCAAUGUGGCCAAGAAAUAGAUAAGUCGGAUUUUGUCUUUCGGUGCAACUUUGCUCCGACAGAAGCUUUCCAGAAGGAUGUGGGAAGGAAAACCAACCUCACCACCUUCAACCCCAGCAUCCUGGAGAAGUAUUACAACAACCUCUUGACCAUUCAGGAUCGCAACAACUUCUUCUUAAGCUUGAAAAAGCUCGAUGGGGCCAUACUGUGGAUCCCAGCUUUCUUCUUCCACACGUCGGCCACGGUGACGAGAACACUGGUUGACUUCUUUGUGGAGCAUCGAGGGCAACUGAAGGUCCAGUUGGCUUGGCCAGGCAAUAUCAUGCAGCAUGUGAACAGGUACUGGAAGAACAAGCACUUGUCACCCAAGAGGCUGAGCACAGGUAUUCUCAUGUACACCCUUGCUUCUGCCAUCUGUGAAGAGAUCCACCUCUAUGGCUUCUGGCCCUUUGGCUUCGACCCCAACACGAGGGAGGACCUCCCCUACCACUACUAUGAUAAGAAGGGAACAAAGUUCACCACCAAGUGGCAGGAGUCCCACCAGCUCCCUGCAGAGUUCCAGCUGCUCUACAGGAUGCACGGUGAAGGACUGGCCAAGCUCACCUUGUCGCAUUGUGCCUAAAGAACCCAAAGCUUGAAGUGCCAAAUGAUUGUCUAAAAAGUGCCCAAAACCCCACUUAAACCUUCUUCAGAUUGAAUCCCAACCAACAAAUCCCACCCUCAAAUGUUUUCCAGACUCAAAAGAUGCUUUUUAGCCACCCCUGUCCCUGCUCUUCCAAGGGUUUAAGUAUACGGAGCAGUGCUGAAGCACUUCUCCACUUCCAUGAAUGCUCUUCAAGCAGCUCAAAGCUGAACUCUUUUUGCACUUCUAGAUGUGCCACUAAGUAGGUUUGGAGAUCUCCUCCUCUUUUAGCAUUCCAUAAAUGCCCUAAAUCUCUUCCUUUUCUCCAGUAGAGCUAGAAAUGCUCAUUUUGGGAGGUUUGGCUUCUUCUCUCUCUGUUGCUAUUGUGUGGCCCAGUGAGAAGGUCACUCUGAAUUCCAGUUCCUCUUCACUUGCAGGUUCUUCAAGGUGGAUCCUCAUUCCCACCUCAUAUUCCUGAAUUCGACAUGUUUUAAGAGCAACUUGAAGCUCCCAACAUGGCUCAGACCUUAGGGACGUGUUUAUAUCCCUCUUGGAAUACUUCAUUCCUGCCCCAUCCUAGUCCAAAUUAGGCUGCGACAUGUUCAUUCCCAUCCAUGUGACACAUGGAAUCACGGAAUGGGUUGGAAGGGACCUUAAGAUCAUCUAGUUCCAACUAGGGACGCCUUCCACUAGAGCAGGUUGCUCCAAGCCCCAUCCAACCCGGCCCUGAACACUGCCAGGGAUGGAACAUUCCCAACUUCCUCAGACAACCUGUUCCAGUGCCUCAGCACCCUCCCAGUAAGGAAUUCCUUCCUUAUAUCCUGCCUAAAUCUCCCCUGUUUCAAUUUGAACCCAUUUCCUUGUCCUAUCACCCCGGUCCCUGAUGAAGACCCAUCUCCAUCACCCUUGUAGGCCCCUUCAGACACUGGAAGCUGCUCUGAUGUCUCCAUGGAGCUGCUUAGCAGAAUUCCCCCAUUUACAUCUCCAAAUCCAUGGUCAGGCAACUCGAGUAGUGGCCCCAUUUGCUGGGCACCAACAGCCAAGCAAAAGAGGACCCAGGUUCCUCAGUCCCACCCGAAUCAGGCUGUUGGUGGAGAGGACAAACCUUAGGGUUGGGAAAUGUUGGCCAUUGUGCCUCAGGAUCAAGGAGCCGGUCCCAUCACUGGGUUUCUUCUUACCAGGAGCAUGCUUACACGUGUUUGAAGCUUUUUCUACUCUUCUGAGGACUGCACAUUGAAAGAAGAUGCUCCUUCCAACCUAAAUCCCCACUUUCAGAUGGCACAUUUGGAUUUGCCUCCUCCAAGUAGGAGAUGAGGAAGAUCUUGAGUCCAACAGCAAACCCAAGCGGCCUGGAGCAUCUCCCAGCACCUCUUCUCCACCAAAGCCAGGUGGAGAAGGAGCUGGUGGCUUUCUUCCCUAUUUUGAUUCCCCCAUCUUCUGGCUUUUGCUUUUCCAAAGGCUCUUUAGGAAUUGGGUGCACUGGGAUGGCACCAACCUGCUCCCACCGGGAGCCACCACGCUUCCCAGCCCAUAUUCCAAGCCUGGCGCAGCGUUCCGGCUCUCCGUGCUGUCCUCACUGUUCCUACAGCUGCCUACAACCUCUAGCAACUGUUGUAUGAAGACAUAGUUGUGCAGUGGUGGUGGUGUCUCAUGCCAUGUGGUGCCAUAGGAGUUGUUCUUGCUAUUCUCACCUCUUAGUUGUGUUGUAGUAGCACGUGCUGGCCCGGGCCAGGUUGUCCCCAUCGCUCUUGGCCACCCAGGAGAAGGACUGAGCACCCCAAAUCCCUGCAGGUCCUGUUGGUAGGGAUGCAGGAUCACACCUUUUGGAUGCUUGGAGCAUGUCCAAGUGGGAAACUGGCACCCAGGAGCCCAAAUCCCAACCAAACCCUGCACGAACCCUUCUCUAAGUGCUGGAGCACAUGGAUUGGUUUUGUUCCAACCAGGAAUGGAGAGCUGGACAUGGAAAGAAGAGUUCUCCACUGGUUGUUAAUGGAGUCCAGUAAUAAAUCACUUCUGGAAUCCCUUCCUCUGGAGCUCUACAGCAGAUGCAUGUCUCUAAGGUGGGCAGGUCACUGAGCUGCAUGGUGAAGGUUGGAAGGUGCAACCAGGCUCAACCUGGCCAUGGAUGCAGGGUGAGAUGCUGGGAAGCCACUACGGGAUGGGCCACCAGUGUGGUCCAACCCUCACAGGGAAGAACUUCCUAAGGUCUCAUCUCAAUCCACCUUCUGGCAGUUUAAAGCCAUUCCCAGUUGCCCUGUCCCUACAUUCCCCUGUUUCCCGUGGUUGUUCUCAGGAAGUUGGUGAUAUCCCUCUCAUCUCCAGCCUGGAGAACACCAGGAACACUGUAGGCAUAGAACCUACAAGCAACAAGCUUCUCCCCUCUAGCAAACAUGGUUCCCCAUGGCUCAGGACAGCAAGUGGCACCCCUUGAUGGGAUGUCACCUUGGUUGGACUCUUCCUUCUCCUCUGUUUGGUCCUGCCUGUCUCCCUAGCCCAAUUCCUGAUGGAUCAAUUCCCAUCCGUACUGAAUGUCCAGACAAGCUCAAGGAAUGUCAUGUAAUGCAGCAUGGUCAAUACUUGGAAGUCCUUCUGACUAGCUCCAAGGGAAGGGUCUGGGGGGAUGCAGACCCCUUUGGGUGCCAGGACAGCACCCUUUGCCAACGGGAUGGGUGCUGUGUGACGUUGGGUGCUGCGGUUGGGGCGCUGGGGCCACCAGGCAGGAGCCAUGAAGAAGGGAUGUACAUAAGAGUGGAAAUGGUUGUGUUCCCUUCAAUUCUUUUGUCCAUUUUGGGUUUAUACCUUCAUUGCUUGCAUCUUCCAGUGGACGGUGGUGAGAUACAUGGAGCCCAAGACCUUUAGUGGUGGAGGACACCAAGCUGAGCUGGAACUGCCUGCGCAUGGGGGCCUAGCAAGGAAGUAUGGAGAAGAAAAGCAGCUUUUCCAGCCAGGAAUGGGUCUUUUUUCACUUGGAUACCCAGUUCCAGGCCUGAUGGAGAUGGUUUUGAGAAGAAAAGGAGGAAAAAAAGGCCAUAAUUGUACUAAAAGCUCAUCCUUUCUCAGCCAUAUCAAAGCAUCAUCCAUUUAGCAACGGCUAAAGCUCAGCGAGGGCCAGGGCACAGCCCCAGCUCAAUGGACAAGCUCUGCCGGGGGGUGAGAGCCAAGCUGGUGUCGAGCCUGGCUGCCAUGGAAUUCCUUCUGGAAUCGAUGGGCCCCGGGAAUGGGGAGCAUCCGCUGCGGAGAGCAGCGGGAUCAGGUGGGAUCUCUGAGCAAUGUGGUUCUUUGGUGUGACUGUGCCUGCAGCAUCAUGUGCCAAAACCUGAUCUGGAAUGCUCUGUUUUUAAAUAAACUGGUUUCUUGUGCUUUGGAAGUCUC